AUGGAAAAGGGAUCUAGGGAGGGGAUCAAGAUAGGCCAGAUUAACCUGACAUCAUCUGAUCUAAGCAGUCGCGUAUCAUCAGAAGGCAUGGCAAUUACUGUUCAGCUGGUUCACUCCUUUAAGCACUGGAAUUUCAAACCUGUCAUGUAUUGUGGUGUUGACCUGGAGCAGACUGUACUGAAGCUUAUUGCGUUUGUGAAGACUAAUGUGUCAGUAAGAACAGGACUUCCGCCUUCCUUUAAAAAAUACAGACACUACACAAUGAAGAUUAUUCACCAAGCGCAUGGCUCCAAGACCAAUGAACUCAUUGUGAGGUUAAUAGACAAUGAUAAACUUAUUUUGGCAGAGGACAGCAUCCUGAAAGCAGCUGGAAUAGCACAUGAAACGUUAGCAUUUUUUGGCAUGAGUGAUUACAGGAAAAUAUAAGCCAGUCCUCCUGCAGCCUGGUGA